UGUUUAAUUUGGAUGAAAGUUUUUGUACUUAAGAAAUUAACCUUUUUAAUUUUUGCAUAGGGGAACAAUAGGUAGAUGACAAAGAUGAGGGAAGAAAUAUAAAUGAAGAGUAAUGUUAUUAAGCUUAAAAUGCUGGAUUGAUUUGUUGACGUAAUCAAUUAUUACUAUUGAUUUAACUAUGAAUUUUAGUAUUUAUUGAAAUCCAUUACCAAUUCAGUGACCAUAAUAUCAAAUUUGAUACCUAAAUAUAUUUUCAAUAAAUGAAGGUAUAUGUGACGAUUGAGGAGAAAGGACGUGGGGGAAAAACUAUGGGUACAAUGGGAAUUAAAAUAAUGAGAAUAAAAAUAUUUUCUUAAAUUUAUUUAUCAAAUAUCGUAUUUCAAAUGAUGUGUCAAAAUGUAUGUAUUGAAUGUUUGGUGGAAAUUACUGGAUCUCACUAAUCCAACUAUCUACGUUAAUUUAGAAUACAAAAUUUAAUAAAUAAUUUGGUAAACAUUUUAUUGCUAUUAGAAUAAUUGUUACCCACUUUCACGGAAAGAGAAACUUCUCCACCGUAUUGCAAGAAACCAAAGCCACCUUUACAUGCAUACAGCCCACCUAAACCCAAUGAUCUAUCCAUUAGGAUGGUCUUCAUAGAUAUAUUUUUUUUAACUGUAGAUUUUUUUGGUUCAAUGGGAUAAAUUUGUGAAUAUUUUAUUGUUGGGUCAAUACUUCGGCUCUUCCAAUUAUCGGGCCUAACUUCAAAAUUAUCAGCCCAUAGUAAGCCCAACUGCGUGAUGGCAAUCAUGCCGGGCUAAACAGGUCAACCCACAUGCCAUGUUGAAUUUGUCGACCCUUUGUUAUGCAGCAGCCCACGGGGGUGGGCGGUGUCUGGUUGAACAUGUAUGUGACCAUUGAACAGAAAAUAUGGUUCUUUUUCACAUUAUUUUGUCGAUUUGCAUAUGUAUGUAUCACCAGGUCUUGCCGGCAAUAGCCAACGUAUCAAGCAAUGUUGUGGUCUUUGUAAACGGCAAAUCACAUCCAUUUGAUACUAUUAUUUUCGCUACCGGAUUCAAAAGAUCAACACACAAGUGGCUUAAGGGCGGCGAUUAUCUUCUGGGUGACGAUGGGAUUGCAAAGCAGAGCUUUCCAAACCACUGGAAGGGAGAGAAGGGACUGUACUGUGCUGGACUGUCGAGGAGAGGAUUUUAUGGAGCUGCCAUUGAUGCUCAAAACAUAGCCAAGGAUAUCAAGAUGUUGCUGUAA